CCAGUCCGCUUAGACGUGGUUCAGCGGGUGUUGAAGUAAAGCCAGGAUAGCUGGAAACUGGACUAUGACUUGCACAAGGUGAUAAAAUAGGCAGAUAGAUAGCUUCUGGAAAGCCUAUUGGUAUUUUGUACUGCUUCAGAAAGCGCAAGCUGGUCGUGGGCUCUCAUCCUGGAAGGAAGGACUGCUGAUACAGGAGCUGUUCUGGGGUGCAGGGAGACGACUAAGGAAGAGCAAUGGAGCAGCACUCAGGAACUGCCCAUUACAUCCGAGGUAGAACUUUACUUCCCUGUCUGAAGAACGGCUUCUGUCCUCAGAGCUCCGCUUCUGAUACCGACAGGCCGCUCUCAGGUGUCCCCGGAGCCUUGUCGGAGGAGAAGUUGGGAGUCCUGGACGCGUCUGACGAAGCUGCUUUCCGCUCCGCGUACCAGCACCUUCCCCUGGUUCAGCCGUUAAUUACCCUGAGACGCUUUGCGGCGCCGGGCCGGCAACUGACACGAGGACAGCGGUGGCCGAGGGGCAGCUCGGCGCGGUACCGCCCGGCCGGGGGGGCGCUGGGGCACGGCGGGGGGCGGAGGGCGGGCGGCUCCGCUCCGUUCCGUUCCGGGCUCCGCUCCGCUGCCGGCCCCGCUGCGCGCGGAGCGGAGCUCGGGCGGCGGGGACAGGAGCAGGUUCCCCGGGCGGGCUCUUCCCCGCCCCGCGAUGGAGAGCGGGAUGCUGUCUCGCACGCAGCAGGCGCUGAUCCGGGAGAGCUGGCUGCGGGUGAGCGGCAGCCCGGUGCAGCACGGCGUCGUCCUCUUCUCCAGGUUGUUCGAUCUGGACCCUGACCUGUUGCCCCUUUUCCAGUACAACUGCAAGCGGUUUGCCAGCCCACAGGAGUGCCUGGCCUCCCCCGAGUUCCUGGAUCACAUCCGGAAGGUGAUGCUGGUGAUUGAUGCAGCUGUCAGCCACCUGGAGGACUUGCCCUGCCUGGAAGAAUAUCUCCGCAACCUCGGCAAGAAGCAUCAAGCUGUUGGUGUGAAGACUGAGUCCUUCUCGACAGUCGGUGAGUCCUUGCUGUACAUGCUGGAGAAGUGCCUGGGUGCUGCCUUCAGCCCGGACGUGCGGGAGGCCUGGAUCAAACUCUACGGCGCAGUGGUGAAAGCCAUGCAGCGUGGCUGGGAGGCUCUCCCAGAGGGGGACUAGCCCCAGGCCUGGCCCUGUGUGGGGCGAGCACUCGCCCUCUCUGCCGCUCUCCACCUCUGUCUGUCUCUGCACACCAGCCCACCUCCUCCCGCCACACGUGCUUCAGGGCUCUCUUCGUGAUCUCACCUUGCUUUGACACUACCAUGUCCCUGCCUUUCCCGGUGACCGCAGGGUAUCUCCCUGUAGCCCAGAGUGACCAGUACAGCACCACCGCUCAGCACCAGGUUCCUGUGGGCCAGCACCAGAACUCAAGCUGUGGUUUGGCUUUCUGCUGGCUCCCUGCCCUCCCAUUGCUGCCCAUCCCCAUGAGAUGACUGCUGGCGAGAGCCUCUCAAGCCCCACAGCCAGCUCUCAUCCUGCUCUCUUCACCCAGCAUCUCCCUGGGCAAUGAUCUUGGUGCUCCUCUGCCCUGCUGGGAGCCUUCCCCUGUGCGAGGCUGGUGGCAGUGUAGUGCGUUCCCUGGGAGUGUUUCCAGUGGUGGGAGAGUGCGCUAAUGCCGAGCUAAGGCUGCUCUCAGAGGUGUAGGCUGCUGCCUGGAAGGGUUCCUGUUGGCUUGGCCAGUUGAUUUUAAUGUGCGAGACAGCUGAAAUGCAGCAGCAGUGGUGGCUAUUUAAUGUUUUGAAUUGAGAAGAAUAAGGCAAAUACAAGAAACUAUGCCUUAAAAUAACAAUGAAGGUUGUGAUCAUGUCAUGGCAACGGCUUCUAGAAAUGAUUCUGGCUCUUGGCCAGGGGAAGCAUGGCUGGAAUUUCUCUGCUGAUGCUGGCAGGACCUGGAGUGCUUCCCAGAUGCACACAGUGCCCAUCUGCAGAGCUGCUUCACCCUGCAGAAAUAACUCUGCCAAACCUGAGACACAGCCACCACAGAGGGGAGAAGGCACACAGCUAGCACCGAGCAGCAGGGCUAUGUUAGGGCAAGAGUACAGCACCUGCCAGGAAGCAUCCAAGGGAACGGCUGGAAGGCAGCACCCACGGGCUCCAGGGGAGCUGAACUUGAGCUCUAUGGAGAAGUCACCUUCAGGGGAAGUCAUCCCAGGGUAAGGACAAGGAGCAAGUUCUCAUCUACUGUCAGUGCCCUUUUACACUGCUUCUUCAAGGCAGGAGGAACCCAGCAUUUGGGGCUGUGAUGGCCCCGCUUGUGACACGUCCCUCCCAUGGUGACAUAUCCUCCCUCGGGGAAGAAGGGCACUCUAUGAGAUGUGUCACUACCUCCCUGCCACCUGCCCUGUGGUGCUGGUGGGGGCCCUGAGCACACAGCAAGGACUAUGUGAGGGGAGUGGUGUCAUGGCAGAGCCAUAUGUGCCAUUCAUACUGUCCUCCCCCUUGUACCAGGCUGUGCUCCUGCAGUCUGGUACAGGGCAGGAGGGGCUAGGAAUGGGGCAGUCCCUGCUGCAGCCCUGAUCUGGGGCAUCAGCACCAUGGGCAGGAAUGUUCUCAACCUGCGUGGCAGGUAGACAGGUGGGUGAGGGAUGGAGUGUGUGCUACUGCACAAAAUGGUCCCUUUGUCCUUUAGCUUCCCCAGCUCCUUGACUUCUCCUCUUCUAUGCCGUGUUUUGUGUAAUUCCUAGGGGAAACAAACUAGUCUGUGUGCCUCUUAUACCCAGCUGUACUGUUUAAUAAAGAACAACCGAGAGUCUCUGCC